AAGUGUAAAGCUACUGAUGAACGAGGGCUGAGGAAAGCUUAGACUACUGUACAAACAAAGCAAAAAACUGCAGAGAACUUGCUUAAUGUUUACACAUUAACAUUUUCUGUAUAAUAACAGGUGUUAGUCUUAUAGUUGGACAGAAGUGAGAAAAGAACAGCUGUUUUCCACUAAUCCCUCAGAGAAUUUUGCUUUCUCUCCUUUUUCUUUAAUGUUGACACGCAUCUCUUUGAAUGACAGGCCGGGUGCCCCCAGUAGAGAGGCUUUAAGCAGAAUCUGUUUGGUUGAGAUGGAAACAGCAUUAGACACAGGAGGCAGGAACUGGGAAAGGAUGCAGCUGAGCUCACUUUCUCAUAGUGAUAGUGAAGACGAUCUGCAGAAGUUCUUUGUUUCAGCAGCACUCAUAGAAUUUAAAUUUUUGUACUGGAUAAAAUAUCCCCCUAGAAAGAGGCAGCUGAUUGUGCCUUGUAUCAUGUCAGCUAUAGAUACGCAGCCUACCCUGUUUGGUUACCUAAAAAGAGAAAAACACAUUGAACCAUUCUCUGGCAUUUCCAAAGUAGACAAGAAGGUCUGUAGGUGCUUUAAAACUAUGCACACGCAGCAAGCUCUGCAACAGAUGGAUGAUCUGACGAAUCCCAACAGAGCCAAAAGUAAUAACACUAUGAAAGUACUCCGCUACUCCAAAGGUGUGCGCUCAGUGGGAAAGGCAUGCAACCAAGAGGAUCCCAUAUCUUCUUGCUCCGUUACAUCUAUUCCAGGCAGUAGGAACAUGGACAAUCACAGACCUUUACCAGUUGUUGAAGAGUUGGACGAAUCAGCUUCUGCUGAGCUUCAAAUCUUGUCAGGUGCCCAGCAGUUCUGCAUAACUUCCAAAUCCAAACCACAAGGACUGAGCUGUCACCCUGAGAGAUCAUAUGUAAUAUCAACACGCUCAUCUAAACAGUUACUUGUGGCUAUUGAAGACUCUAGCUGUCUUUGCCUGCACCUUUGUGGCCCUGCCCGGUCCUGUUCCCUCCGCCUCUGUGAUUACAGCAAAGAGGAAGUGCUAAGGUUCUGUAGACCUUACAGAGUGGAUAUGUGCUGCCUGUUCUGCUGUUUGAUGGUCAUUAGUGUAUUCUCCUCAUCUGGCAAUCUCAUUGGCUCUGUGCAACAAAGGUGGAGCUUGUUUAGCCCAAGCCUUGCAGUGUAUGAUGCUUAUGGGAGAAAAAUUAUGGAGAUCAAAGGCUCAUGGAGUGCAACCCGUUGCCACACUGAUCAGGAGUUCCAGGUAACAUCAUUAGAUGGCCAACUAUUGGCUGUCAUCUGGAAGAGGUGGCCAGGAUUUAAUAUGGACUAUAACAUGGAUCAUGACUUUUUUGGCAUAAACAUAUCAGCUUCCCUCAGCCCAGCUGAAAUCGCUCUUCUAUUGGCUGCUGCAUUCUUGCUGAAUUACAUGUACUUUGAGAUGAGCUGAAAAGCAUACAGAAGAAGACUUGGUGGAGAUGGCACAGCUAAUGACAUUAUAGAGCCAUUAGAAAAGGUCUAGUCUUUAAGUACAGUACACCUACAGUCAUAUGAAAAUAUAUUCUCCCUUGCAAAGUUGCCGACACAGCAAUAUUAAUUAAAACACUAAAUAAAGGUGUUGUCACUGAACAGAAAAAGGAAACUUAAAUUUACAAUUGUGCAUUCAAAAAAACAAACAAGUAUGCCACCCUCUUCUGUGAAAAAAGUUAAGUGCACCCUUGCCUCUUAUAGCUGGCAUUGCCUCCUUUGGCAUAAACAACCUCAAGUAUACAUUUCUUAUAGAAGUCUUCCAGUCUCUGAUAUCGGCCGAGGGAAUUUUUCGCUACUUUUGCAUGCAGAGUUUUUAAUCUGUGCAAUAUUUAGGGGGUCUCUUGCAAGCACAGCCAGUUUCAAAUUGCUAUUGAAUUUCCAAAAUUCUGGAACUUUUUGGAACUAGGGUCAUUUUUUCCCACAUUCAUUCUUUUUUCACAGUUGCCAGGUGUUAGGUGGCAAGCCUGUAUCUUAAAUAUAUGAAAGAG